AUGCUUCCCGGAGCUGAAGGUGCUACUGGUGAUGACGCAGUUAAGGUGAUAUCUCUUUAUAAAAAGAGGACUCUAUCAUUAAAGAAGCAGGUAGAUGACAUUAACCAGCAGUUGUCUCCGGACUCUCUAAGAAGCUUGGAUGAGGUGGACAUUGCUAUGUAUUUGGAAUUGGUUGAGCGCCUUCGCACGAGUUUUGACGAAGCUCAAUCCUGCCUUGAAGCUGAGGAUCAUAGCGAAUUGGCCAGUGAAGUCAGUUGGUCGUUCGCUAGGUUACACAUGGAGGUUAAAGGCAAGCUCACACGUGAACUUAAUCAUCGCAGGGUCGACGUUGCGCACUCAUCAACAGCUCGUCCAUUCGUAAUCGAUGAUGCAUCUCCAUCGUUUAUUAUUUCUCAACGCAACCGACUUCCUGAAUUGCAAAUUCCACACUUCAGCGGUGAAUAUACAGAGUGGCCAGACUUCAUCGCAAUGUUUAACUCGGUUAUUAACAAUUGCGCUGAGUUAAGCAAAAUUGAAAAGUUUCAACAUUUGCGGGCAAAUUUGAGAGGCGCUGCCUUGGAUACAGUUCGUUCCUUGGAGCCAAGUGAUACCAACUACGACGAGGCAUUGGACCUCUUGAAGAAACGGUUUGGCAACCGGCUACUCAACUUUCAAGCGCAUAUAAAAGAAAUUUUCGCACUCAAAAAGGUGGAGAGCGGCUGCGCUUCUGGUCUGCGCUCGUUCAGCGACAAGCUAAACGCACAUCUGCGCUCUUUAUAA